AUGGGCCCCGACGACCUAGAUGGUCUCGAUGACACAGACAGGCACGACGACACGGACGAGCCCGACGACGACGGGCCAAACAAUCAAGACAGGUCGAACGACCCAGACGAGCUUGACGAUCCGGACUGGUUCGACAACCCGGACGAACCUAACGACCUGGAUGAGCUCGACGACUCGGACGUGCCGAAAGACUCAGACGAGCCCAAUGACCUAGACGUGAUCAACAAUCAAGACGAGUUCAACAAUCUGGAUUGGCACGAAGUCCCGAAUGGGCCCGACCACCCAGACAGGCCCGACGACAAAGACGUGCCUGAUGACCCGAACGAGCUCGACGAACCGGACGAGCCUGACGAUCCAGAUUGA